GACCAUAUCCUUUUCACAUUCGGCAUUCAUCCAAAUUCCAAAACCCCAAUCCAAAUCCUUGGAAUAAACACAACAAAUCUCUCUCUGGAAUUCUAAUCUCGUUCAAAAAUGAACGGCGACUCAUGGGCUGAUCAAUGGGACAACGGGCCGGACAGCUUACCGGAGAAAAAGAAAACCACCGGCGGCGGAGCUACGGCGGCUAAGUACGGAAAGAAGGUCGGUGAAGGCCUUGGAAAAACCAAAGCAGUGGCUUCCACUGGCGUGAAGAAGGUUAAAGAAGGAACCUCUGUAGGCCUGCAGUGGAUCAAACAAAAAUACCAAAAAACCACUAACAAACCCUGAUUUAAAGCCCCGGUGUAUGCUUCUAGGGUUUGUUCCUUUCUGUUUGAUUGAUUAUGAUACUUUCACUUUGAUUUUAUCAUGCUUAUCCGUCUCUGUGAAAAUAUAAACAUUUUUUUUAUAUAAUUUAUUGAGUAAAGAUCGACGAUUAUAUUAUGGUUUUGUUUAA